AUGGCGGCGGCGCGGCCGUUCCUGCGGCAGGUGUUGCUCCUGCAGCGGGACGUGCCGCGGGCGGCAGCCUUCUACGGCGACGGCCUCGGGCUCGACGUCAUCGCGGUGACGCGCAAGUACGCCGAGCUCGACGCGGGCGGCGGAGCGCGCAUCGCCCUCAAGCACGUCGACAGCGAGGCCCAGUGCACGGUUGGCUACUCGCCAUUCCUCAACUUCGCUGUCCCGGACGUGACCGCCGCGGUGGCCCGGCUCGUCUCGAUGGGCGCCGUCAUGGACGGCGCCAUCAAGUACCAGGCGAGCGGCAAGCUGGCGGCGCUGCGGGGGCCCGACGGGCACAUGAUCGCCCUGUUCGAACCCAACGGCCCGCUCCCAGGCGAAGACGGCUAG